AUGGGAUCCGCUUGAAUGUCUUUGAUUAAUAUAGCAUCGAACAUUUACGUCGGUUGUCAUGGAACCAGCCAGGGGCAGAUCACUCUAGCACGUUUUAUCGCUACAUUGAAAAUGGCUGACGACGUGGAGUCGGAGAACAGUCCGGUGGUUAUUUCUGCCAAACAACAUACGCAAAAGGUUUUUUCCGGAGCUGGGAAGAGACGUGCAACUAACAAGAUCCCAGAGGAUAUUCUAAAUGAUCCUCAACUGCAAAGUGCUAUUGAUGAACUUCCAAGGAAUUAUAAUUUUGAAAUUCAUAAAAGUAUCUGGAGAAUCAGAAGCACAGGAGCUCAAAGAGUUGCACUCCAGUUCCCUGAAGGCCUCCUUAUUUAUGCCUGUGUUAUCUCUGAUAUUAUCAAACAGUUCACUGAUGCAGAAACCCUUAUCAUGGGAGAUGUCACCUAUGGUGCAUGCUGUGUUGAUGACUUCACUGCAAAAGCUCUCGGGGCAGAUUUUAUGAUCCACUAUGGACAUAGUUGUCUUGUGCCCAUCACUGUGACUCAAGAUAUACAUAUGCUCUACGUAUUUGUGGACAUCAAGAUUGACAAUACGCAUUUUGUUGAGACAAUCAAGUACAAUCUGCCUGCUGACUCAUGUAUUGCACUGGUUAGUACAAUACAAUUUGUAGCCGCCCUACAGGGUGUUGCUAAAGAGCUCAGGAACACAUUCAAUGUCGUCAUUCCGCAAGUGAAGCCGCUGUCGCCUGGUGAAAUACUUGGUUGUACGUCCCCUAAACUUGGUGAUGAUGUUGACACCUUAAUUUGCCGUUGAAAGGUUCAGAAAAAUAUGUCGUCCACAUGGAAAACAAAUUACCCAAAACCUACGCCAGAGACUUAUUGUUUCCAUAGCAAUAACAUCGGUCAUACUAAUAUUACCAAUUAUUAUCUAUACUGAAGGUGUUCCCUUUACCUAUGAAAACAAGAUGUACAUGAUAUGUGGUAGUGACCUUAGAAGGUCAUCUGUCUGGUCAUAUACUCUAGUAGCCUUAAUUCUUCACACUAUACUUCUCCUAGCCUUGACUGUACUUUAUUCCUUUGUUUGGAAAACUAUUACUCAGCGUCUCAUGAAAAAGCAAAGUAAAGAAGAAGCUCCCAGACAACAAGGAAUCAAUCACACCAUCAUUGUACUUUUCUCAAUCUCUGUUUUGUAUUCUGUCAGUUUUUCGCCAUUCCUCAUCUUCUUUGUCAUAUAUCCAUACUGCAAAGAUUCUAAUUUGUUGCAGAUCUUUAAAGUGGUUUUAUACCGUACUUGGAUACUAAAUUCCUCCUUAAAUCCCAUGGUGUAUGGAUUCUGCAAUAAAAUAUUCCGGAAAAGUUUUGUAAAUAUUUUUACUAGGGGUAAAAUUAUUUUUGAAAUUGAGGAGAAAUUUUAGGAUUUGGUUUACACUACACUUUCAAUACAGAGGAAUUCUUUCAAGUCGAAGAAACAUUUUCUUUACUGACUAUUUCCAAAGAAGAAUACUGUUGUUGUUUUUUGAACAAUAUUGAAAAUAACUCAGUUUCAGGUAUUUUUAUAAAAUAACCAACUUUCUCAUUAUUUUUAUGAUGUUUGGAGAAUUAUAUUUUCUUUCAUAAAAUUGGAAAAUUUUGAUUUCAACCCAUGCCAGCAUGGAAAGCGGAUGUUAAAUGAUGAUGAUGAUAACGAUGAGCCUUUUAAAAUAUGCCGUUUAUAUCCUUGAUCCAGUGCCGGUCAAAGGUAGGUUAGUAUCGGAAAGGUCUAUUUGAACACCAACAGUUUCUCUGUUACAUAUUUAUUCUAGUUUCUGUUGUUUUAUACUUUCUAUAGACCCAUAACUGUGUAUCUGAGUUCUCUUUUAAACUCCAAACUAUUUGGAUUCUACAGUUUCUGAAUUACAUAUUAAAUCUGCAUUAAAAAAAUACUGG